AUGUUGAUCGUAAAUGAGAAGAUUGGUUAUGAAAGUAGCAAAGAAAUUGACCGUCAAAUUUUGGAUCUAACACUGGAUACCGCAACAUCUGCAACUCAAGCUCCUGAAAAGCACCCUUUACCAGAACUUGAGGUCUAUUGCUGUUCGCUUGUUCUAAUAUUUCUGAUUGAUCAGAAGAGAUACAGUGAGGCCAAGGCCUGUUCUUCGGCAAGCAUUGCUCGUCCAAAGAACCUAAACAGGCGAACUGUUGAUGUUCCAGCAUCCAGGCUCUACUUUUACUGCUCUCUGAGCUAUGAACUUACUGGUGACCUUGCUGAAAUUCGUUGUAAUAAGCUCAAGCUAAAAGCUGUGAAUGAUGGGUCAGCAAGUUAUUCAGCUUCCGAGAGAACAUAUUCCUCCUCUCUGUGUUCUUUCCAAAUUCAUUUCGUUCCAAAUUCUGUCAACUUACUAUAA